UCCUUUGCUGAAGCUGGAUGGAGCGCUUGGGAGGCGGAGGAGAAGGAGGGAUGCAAGAGCAGAGGCAGGAGGAGAAGUAGCUGGACUUGGCUCCAGAGGAGACCCCCUCCUGGCUGGAAGAAGGGAGCCUGUCCCCCUCCCGCUGAGCCCAGCCUCGCCUGCCAGCCCCAGGCCAGUUUAAGGCCCCGAUCCGACCAUGGGGAAGCAGAACAGCAAGCUGCGCCCAGAGAUGCUCCAAGAUUUGCGGGAGAACACUGAGUUCUCAGACCUGGAGCUGCAGGAGUGGUACAAGGGCUUCCUCAAGGACUGUCCCACCGGCAUCCUCAAUGUGGAGGAGUUCAAGAAGAUCUACGCCAACUUCUUCCCUUAUGGCGAUGCCUCCAAGUUCGCUGAGCACGUCUUCCGUACCUUCGACACCAACGGCGACGGCACCAUUGACUUCCGAGAGUUCAUCAUCGCCCUGAGCGUCACCUCGCGGGGGAAGCUGGAGCAGAAGCUGAUGUGGGCCUUCAGCAUGUACGACCUCGAUGGGAACGGAUACAUCAGCCGGGAGGAGAUGCUGGAAAUUGUGCAGGCCAUCUACAAAAUGGUCUCGUCGGUGAUGAAGAUGCCCGAGGAUGAGUCGACCCCCGAGAAACGGACGGAAAAAAUCUUCCGACAGAUGGACACCAAUAAUGACGGCAAACUGUCCUUGGAGGAGUUCAUCAAAGGAGCCAAGAGUGACCCGUCCAUCGUGAGGCUGCUGCAGUGUGACCCCAGCAGUGCCUCCCAGUUCUGAGCUCCUUUCGCCCAUGCGGCCAACAACCAGGAGGCAGCAGCCCCCGAGGGGGGACCCCCCCCUUGGCACUACCACCACCACCACCACUACUACCACCAACCACCUCAUGUGGCUCACAGGGCGGUGACCGGCUUCCAGUUAUCCCCCUGUGGGAAAACCGGACAUGUUCCCACUGCCAAGCCAACAGCACUGCCAGCGUACCGAUUUCUUUUGACUCACAGGUCUACUGCCCCAGUUCCCCGUCCCUGAACACUGUAGUUGUGUGUGAAUGCUUACACCGUUGGGGAAGGGUGUGUAGACAGGUUUUGGGGUGGUAGUGGUGGUGGUAGCCCCAAGAUGGCAGACACGUUCCUUCUCAGUAAGCUGCCAAGCAUUCAGGUUUUGCAAAAAUGUCUCCUCCUCACCCGCCAGCCUCUCUGGGGUGUGGUUGCAUGUUGUGCGUGUAUGUGUAUGUGGGUAGCACACUUUUAUGACCGUGGCGACUGCAUGCAUGCUGUAUCUGCAUGUGUCUUUGAACACGAGAGAAAAGUGAGAUAGUCAAUCUCCUAAGAAUCUUGGUCCAAAAAAAAACAUCUUCCUAGGCCACGUUGGAAGGAUUGCAAGAGAGAACCCUUGAAAAAUGUGUGGUUGAAAUGCUGGAAGCCACAAGCAUUGAGGGGGGUGAGGUAGGGUGUGUUUGUGCGCAUGUGUCGGUAUGUGUGAUGGAGAAGACCUUGCUGUGGGCACAGGCUCAGCAUUGGUCCUUCCCCGUUGGCUAGUGGAAUAUAUUCUGUAAAAUAAGCACAAAAAAUGUACAAAUUUGCAUUGUUUAGAGUCAAACGUUCUUGGUAGAGUCAAAUGUUAGUUCUGGUUUGGCCCAGUGGAAUGGACGCUGUCCUGUCUCAUUGAAAACAGGCUGGACUAAAUGGUCUUUGGAUGCAGCAAGAAAGCCAGGAUUGGGGGAUAAAUGGACAGUUGAAUUCAUAGUCUACAACAUGCAGGAGAAGGCUUUGUGGAUUGGAAACAGCCUUUCCUAGGCCUUUAAUGUCUAAGAGAGGACCCACUCCUUUGCAUACAGUCCAACGGUCCUGAUUUUGGCAGGGACAGUCCUGAUCAAUCUUCUGCCAUCCCACCUUUUCAUCUGCUUUUAAAGUGUCCCAGCUUCUCUCUCCUCCUCCUCCUUUUAAUAA